GUACUCUCUCUCCCUCAACAGUGUCAAUUUUCGUGUUCUCUCCACCUUCAUUCAUUUCCCUUACACUCAUAAAUGGCCGCACAACCUAGGUUGAAGCAUCCAGUGAAGGCCUUCGGAUUGGCUGCUAGGGAUUCUUCCGGGCUUCUCUCCCCCUUCAACUUCUCUCGAAGGGAAACCGGAGGAAAAGAUGUGGCGUUCAAAGUGCUCUACUGUGGAAUAUGCCACUCCGAUAUCCACAUGCUCAAGAACGAAUGGGGCUUCUCCGUCUACCCACUCGUACCUGGGCACGAGAUUGUUGGGGUGGUGACGGAAGUGGGAAGCAAGGUGCGAGAAUUCAAAGUGGGAGACAAGGUUGGCGUGGGAUACUUGGUGGGGUCUUGCCGAUCCUGUCAAAGUUGUUCCGACGACCUUGAGAACCUCUGCUCAAAAACUAUCCCCACGUCCGGUUCCAAGUACAGUGAUGGCACCAUCACAUAUGGAGGCUUCUCCGACUUCAUGGUCGCCGACGAGCACUUUGUGGUUCGCAUUCCAGAAGCGUUACCUCUGGAUGCUGCAGCUCCUCUGCUUUGCGCCGGCAUCACAGUGUACAGCCCUCUCAGAUAUUUUGGUCUUAACAAGCCAGGCCUUCAUGUGGGUGUGGUCGGUCUCGGUGGGCUCGGCCAUAUGGCAGUCAAGUUCGCCAAAGCUUUUGGAGCAAAGGUCAGUGUCAUCAGUACUUCUCCUAACAAGAAGAAGGAAGCCGUUGAACAUCUAGGAGCUGAUUCCUUUGUUGUCAGCCGCGAUCAAGAUCAGAUGCAGGCUGUGAUGGGCUCCUUUGAUGGCAUAAUAGACACAGUUUCAGCUGCCCAUCCUCUCUCGCCUUUGAUUGAUCUAUUGAAGCCCAAUGGCAAACUUGUGUUGCUUGGUGCGCCUGAGAAGCCACUGGAACUGCCAGUAUUUCCUUUACUUUUGGGGAGAAAGACAGUAGCUGGAAAUAGCAUUGGAGGGAUGAAGGAGACACAAGAGAUGGUAGACUUUGCUGCAAAGCAUAACAUAAGACCUGACAUAGAAGUGAUUCCCAUGGAUUAUGUGAAUACUGCAUUGGAGCGUCUCGUCAGAGCUGAUGUUAAAUAUCGUUUUGUGAUUGAUAUUGGCAACACAAUGAAGCCAACGCCUUAAAUUAACAUACUAUAUAUUUAAAGCUUUCUGGGAGAACUAGUUGCUGGUUUGUGUUUUUAUAUAUUCAGCUAUAUAUAUUUGUCAUAUUGAUUUAUGUGUAAUCCUCAUUGACUCUUGAGAGGGAUAUUGUGGGUUAGAUGUGGUUGUUUGUAUGAAUAAAUUAACGCAGGAAGGUUAAUUA